GUCUAGGCCAAGUGAAAAGCACAGGCUAUACACAACAUGUCCUCCUCGGUGAAAAUGUUGCGCAGUUUAUGUCGUAUAGCAUGCACAUCCAGACUGCACGCAUCUAGAGCAACAUCUCUACAUUCAUCGAAAACGAUUUUUCCAGCGGUUCAACAGGCCGUGAGAUGGGGUUCUCCAUCAGCACAGUUUGAUCCUAAAGACCCACGUACAUUUUCCAAUAAACACUGGGAGGAACGUCUGACACCAGAGCAGUACUUGGUGUGUAGGGAAAAAAACACAGAACCGCCUUUCACAGGUGCCUAUGUAAAUAAGUUUGAGAAGGGAAUGUAUGACUGUAUUUGUUGUGGGGCAGAGCUGUUCAGCUCAGAAACAAAGUAUGAUUCGGGUACAGGGUGGCCUUCAUUUACUGCAGUAUACAGCAAAAAUUCCGGAGAUGAGAGAAGCUCAAAUGUUCUCAGACGACCCGACAACAGUGAUAGUAUGAUCAGGACAGAGGUCAUCUGUAAAAAGUGCGAUUCUCACCUCGGUCAUGUUUUCCCUGAUGGGCCAAAUAACACAGAGAGAUUUUGUAUCAACAGUCGUUCUUUGUGGUUCAGAGAGAUCUAACAUGUCCUACAGCCUUCAGGUCCCAUCGGGUAGCCAGAGAUUAGUAUAACCCGUAUGACUUUGUCUCUGAAAGAUUAUAUUCAGAAAAAUGGCAUCAUCCAGAGAUAAAAGAUUUUGUUUUCGAAGAACACAAUGGAACCUCUUCAUCAGUGUAAUUAAUCACAGAAAAGUGUACAGAGAAACAGAAUUUAAAUAUUUCUAAAUCAAAACUAUUUGAUGAAAAUGUGCGAGAUAAAUCUCAAGUUAAAGUACCCUGCAGUCUCAAGCAAGAAACAGUUUAUGAUUUUACUUCUAAGUAUUUUCUUUCCUGGAUAUUUUCUAUCAGUCUUUUUACUCUUAGACGAAUCGUUACAUAGAUAACAAAAAACAAACAAAAAAAACAUUUCUCAAAUCUUUGUGUUGAUAUAAUAUGAAUCUUCAAUAAUGAAUAGAAGUUAAAGUUAUGGAACAUUAACUGUGUUAUAAUGCAGUGAUUAUACUUAUCAUUUACUUGUAUAAGUAACAUUUAAAACAAGUACAUGCAUUUCCAAGAAACUGUCUCUAAUAUAUGAUGUAUUAUUAGUGUAUUUGUGAAAAAUUAUCAAAUGUGUCAUUUAUUAGUAUGUCCUCCAAACCAAGUUUGGGGGUAGGUUUAUUUUUCAACUUUUAUUCUUUCCAUUAAUUUUUUCCCAAACUGUUUAAGUUUUAAAACAUUGUGCUUUCUUCACUGGUGAUGCUAGGGGAGACUAAAAGUCUACACUCUAUCUGGCAGUCAGUCCAUCAUUUUGUCAAAGACAAAUGCUUAUUAUUGUAAAUAACUUUUAGGUAGGUGGAACAUGCCGCUGAACUAGACAAUAUAUACUUCAUUACAGAGUUAUAUCCCAUUGAUUGCUGUGACACACAUUAUCUAGAGCAAUUUGCUUCAGAGUAUAUCUUUACACGAUGGAGAUUAAAUUUUUGAAAUCAGGUCUGAUGUCCCAAUAAUAAUUCUUUCCCUUUGUCAUUGUUAUAGAGGAAUGCGAAGAAUUUAUUGCCUCACAAUAUUCUUGCAGUUCUCUAUGCCGACCAUAUUUUUAUUUUCACAAACAUAAAUAUGUGAUGAUUAUUGCUGACUAUGAGGAUUACACAGCAGUUAUUUUUUACACAAUAUAGAUGAACAUAUACAAUUGGCUCACCAAGCAGGCAAUAACCAUGGUUUAUGAUGGAGUGAGUUAAAUGAAUUUAGGACAGAUAUACAUAUAAUGGUUCCAGAGGUUUGGAAGUACAAAUCAUUACAGAUGAACAUUUUCUAAAUUGGAUACUGGCAAAAAAUUUGCUGAGAAAUUUGCAUCUUAUGGACUGUAAUGAAAAACUGACACGUUAUAAUUGGCAGAAAAUCGACAGAUAUCACUUCUAAAGUCAAUUGAAACUUAAAUAAUGUAUUGUGGUAGUGCUUGACAUAGAAUUUGUAUAAUUGUAAAAGUGUAUGGUAUGUCUCCAUGCAUUGGCUUGCAGUUAUUGAUAAAUUUUUCACAUUUUUUCAAGUUAAAAAAGAUUAUUACAGCUGUUAAGCAAACUUAAAAUAUGUACUGGUAUUCUGUUUUUUUUUUUUUUUAAUUUUUGUGUUUUUAUUCAGUACAUUUUUACAUGUAUAUUAUUUAAAUUAAUUGUUUUAAUUAUUAUUUAUAUUUAUUAAGAACUUAACUGCAUAAUCCUAUGGAUCGUUAAAAAAUUUCAUGAAUUUACGAACUUGAAAAACCCCUGAAAAUCCUCCUUAUCAAGAGCUGAUUAUUCUCAGGUGAGAUCUGAUCCUCUGAACAGAUGAUGAAUACUUAAUAAUAGUGUUCUUGUAUUCAUUGUUCAUAAAAGACUGAAAGACAUCACCAUUACAUUGGAGAGAUAAUUUAUUUCUGAUGUGAUUUUCAAGAUUUUUUUUUUUUUUUGUUAAACAGCAGUAAGGACAGUGCAGGAUAUAUCUUUGUUUUUCUGUUACAGUUAUACAUCAAAGAAAUAAAUCCAGAGGAAAGGAGUCCGACCUAUAAUGUAUCUUAUCUGUGUUGUAUUUUGUAGACCGUGUGAUUUGCCUAUACCCGGUUACUCACAUUUAUCUACUGUAUUGGUUCUGUUAAUAGAUUUAUCUAGUUAUCUGGCUUCUUACUAGAAAAAGCUAGAGGUUAAGUUUCACCAGGAUUUUCAAAAAUUUCUGUAACUUUAUGCAUUAAGUACAGCUAGUUAUAAUGUAAUUAGAAAUCAGGAAUAUUUUCAUAACUCAAAUGACUUAUUUGUAAGGUACAUUUCUAUUCAAUUUGGACAUGGAUUUGUGGUUAAUUACAUAUCAUAUAUUUAUGAUAUCAACAAUUUAAUAAACAUACUUUUAACAUAGUGACUGAUAUCAAUGUUUUAAAAAAAUCCCAUUUCAAAGUUUGAUUGACAAGAUUUUAGCUACUGUUGUAUACAAGAACUGAGAGAAAGGAUGCUUGAUUUUAGAACAAAAACAAUGAUGUAUAAGUUUAAUACUAAAUAUAUGACAUUGAAUUUACUAAUGGAAUAGAUAGAAAUGUAUUUUUUCUACCUAGUCUCCAUGUCUGUGAUUUUCUCAAAAUAAGACACAUUUUUGGUAGUCCAAUGAAAAUUUACUAAUAAUUUUUACAUGAUUGAAUUUUGUGCUACAUUUUCUAGUCUACUUUGUAUUAGAAGGGAAAUGUUUUAAUUGAAAAUAUUCAAGACCACUUUGGGUGAUUCUGACAGCCAAUUUAAGAUUUUGAAAAAAUCCUGUUUUCAGGAGCUGACUCUUUAUAUAAGAAAAAAAGAAAAGAAUGAAAAUAUACAUGGGAGAAAUGUAUCUACCCUAUUAGAAUAGGAUUAUUUUAUGAUUUCUAGAGUGCAACUUCAGUAUAAUUCAUAAUUCUGUGUUAUCACUUUGAUUCUUUGUUUACACAUAAUUAAUUGUUCAUUGUAUACUUUAUAACAAAAUUUUGUUUGAUAAAAUUUUAACUGGUCACUUCAGUUUUUGCAUUUUUCUUGAUAUAUCAAAUCAAUGACUUUUGUCUCAUGAAUCCAGAAACACAGAAAGGAGGUAUUGAUAGGUGGUGGAUUUUGAUAGGAAAGAAAUCUGUUUUAAGGAUGGCGAAUUCAGAAAUACAAAAUCAGAGAUUUAGGCAAAAUACAUGCAACAUGCUCUAAAUGAUUUUAUGGGUCGGACCAGACCUUAUGUACAAGAUCGUAAGAUGUAGUUGUUGUCCCAUUAAGUCUCUCAGGUAAAGGCCUUUUUCUUUUCAAUCAUUCGAAGAGUUUCUAGGAUUAAUCUUCAAAUAAAUGGUUCAAUUAAAACCAGAUCAUACACAGGUACCACACACCAUCAGGGUUGGGGGAGGAUAGUGUUUAUUUGGUUGAAAACACUCUCUAAGAGAAAUCUGGAUGAAGGAAAUUUCAUUGAUAAAUAAUUCAGAGAAAUGUUAUUGAAAGUUGGAAAAGAAAUGGUGAAAACUUCUCUAUUGCUGCCUGAAUGUCCUAUAUUUGUGCAUUUUAAUGUAGUUGGUUCAUUGUUAAUAUGUAUUGUUAUUAAAAUGUUAUCAAAGUUGCGUAGUUUUUAAAAACAAGUUAUGAUGAUCUGAAGAUUAUUAUGUCCAUAAUAUUUUUUUUUCAAAUAAAUAAAUAUGAGCUGGUCAUAUUGUAAUUAAAAUUGUAAGUGAUAGUGCUGAUUUUAAUACUGCAUCUGUAUCACUGCUGACUGUAAUUAAAUUGAUACUGCAAAAAAAAAACAGCAAGAUAUUUUCCGGUAAAUACUUAUGUAAACAAACUCCAUACAGGUAUUCAGGUAGUUAGGGAUAUGAAAAAUACUUUUAUUGAUUUCUGUUGCAAUUGAUGCUUUGGUUAAUUGUUGAAAAAGUUUAAACUGCUACCCGACGUUAAUUAUAGUGGGAAAUUCUACUUUUUCUUUUAAAGUUUAAGUUUGUGAUAUUAUUUUCAAAUAUUAGAAUUUGAAAUUCAUCAUUAAAUGAAAUUGUAUAUGUGUAAUUAUUGACAGUAAAUGAUGAAAGAUCUAUAUCAUCAGAUUUAGAUAUCUAUAUUUAAGUCAGUGAUAUCACAUUUGCAGUCUUGUGUUCGAUGAAUUUUUCAUGAAUUCUAAAGAAUUGAAAAUAAAGUUAACCUGAUUUUGCUUUUCA